CGGCGGCGCGCGGCACUCGGCUGCGCACCCAGCUCCUGGCGCGCAGCUCCUUGCACCCAGCCCCUGGUAGCAUGUUGCGCGCCGCCGCUCUCGCCGCCGCCGGCCUCGGGCCCCGCCUGGGCCGCCGCCUCCUGUCGGCCGCAGCCACCCAGGCCGUCCCGACCCCCAACCAGCAGCCUGAGGUCUUCUACAACCAGAUCUUCAUAAACAAUGAAUGGCAUGACUCAAUCAGCAAGAAAACGUUCCCCACUGUCAAUCCAUCCACUGGAGAGGUCAUCUGUCAGGUAGCAGAAGGGAACAAGGAAGAUGUGGACAAGGCAGUGAAGGCUGCCAGGGCUGCCUUCCAGCUGGGCUCACCCUGGCGCCGCAUGGAUGCAUCGGAGAGGGGCCGACUGCUGUACCGCCUGGCUGAUCUGAUCGAGCGAGACCGGACCUACCUGGCAGCCUUGGAGACCCUGGACAACGGCAAGCCUUACAUCAUCUCCUACCUGGUGGAUUUGGACAUGGUCCUGAAAUGUCUACGUUAUUAUGCUGGCUGGGCCGAUAAGUACCAUGGGAAAACCAUUCCCAUUGAUGGAGACUUCUUCAGCUACACCCGCCAUGAGCCUGUGGGGGUGUGUGGGCAGAUUAUUCCGUGGAACUUCCCGCUCCUGAUGCAAGCAUGGAAACUGGGCCCAGCCUUGGCAACUGGGAACGUGGUUGUGAUGAAGGUCGCUGAGCAGACGCCUCUCACUGCUCUCUACGUGGCCAACUUGGUCAAGGAGGCCGGCUUUCCUCCUGGUGUGGUCAACAUUGUUCCUGGGUAUGGCCCCACCGCUGGGGCUGCUAUUGCCUCCCACGAGGAUGUGGACAAAGUAGCAUUCACAGGGUCCACAGAGGUUGGCCAUCUGAUCCAGGUUGCUGCAGGGAGCAGCAAUCUCAAGAGAGUGACCCUGGAGCUGGGGGGCAAGAGUCCCAACAUCAUCAUGUCAGAUGCUGAUAUGGACUGGGCUGUGGAACAGGCCCACUUCGCCCUGUUCUUCAACCAGGGCCAGUGCUGUUGCGCUGGCUCCCGGACCUUUGUGCAGGAAAAUGUGUGAGAGUUUGUGGAACGGAGUGUUGCCCGGGCCAAGUCUCGGGUAGUCGGAAACCCCUUUGACAGCCAGACUGAGCAGGGGCCACAGGUGGAUGAAACUCAGUUUAAGAAGAUUCUUGGUUAUAUUAAAUCCGGGAAGCAAGAGGGGGCAAAGCUGCUGUGUGGUGGAGAGGCCGCUGCUGACCGUGGCUACUUCAUCCAGCCCACUGUGUUUGGAGAUGUGCAAGAUGGCAUGACCAUUGCGAAGGAGGAGAUCUUUGGGCCAGUGAUGCAGAUUCUGAAGUUCAAGACCAUAGAGGAGGUUGUUGGCAGAGCCAACAAUUCCAAGUAUGGGCUGGCCGCAGCUGUCUUCACAAAGGACUUAGACAAGGCCAAUUAUCUAUCCCAAGCCCUCCAGGCUGGCACUGUGUGGGUCAACUGCUAUGAUGUAUUUGGGGCCCAAUCCCCAUUUGGUGGCUACAAGAUGUCUGGGAGUGGCCGAGAGCUGGGCGAGUAUGGUCUGCAGGCAUACACUGAAGUGAAGACGGUCACAAUCAAGGUGCCUCAGAAGAGCUCAUAGAGAACCAUGUCGGCUUCCUUCCUUAUCCAGUGCCAGAAAACCUACCAGGAUCCAUAAGAAAGCCAAGAAAAACAACACUUGCACACUGCAAGUCCCAAACGAGACAUCCCACCUACAAAUCUGUUGCUUAAGAAAGUCCCAGAAUUUGUAUUGACAGACAGUGCAGGUUGGCCAGGUGAAGCUAACGCAGAAAGCCCUUUUUAAACUGCACCCCAGGCUGGGGAGGUAGCUCAGUGGCAGAAGGCUUGCCCACUAUGUGCAGGACCCUGGGCUCCAUCCUCAGCACUGCAAAAAACCAACACCACCACACUAGCAUAAACUGCAACAAUACUACUGGCUUUCAGAGUGGUUUCUUUUAAAAAGAGCUUGAAAUGUCUUAUCUCUCUGAUACACUUUUGUAUGUUGCCUGUUUGGGAAGGAAAAAGCCAUUAUUUACAACUGUAUUAGCAUGGAGGGAACUGCCUGAACUUUGCUUUGUGUUCUGGAUUAAAAUGCAUUAAAACAGAGCUGCUGUCAAAUUCUUGGCUAAC